GAAAAAAAAAAAAAAAAACAAAAUCGCAUUAAUAUGGCAACCUCCAACAGUACACAUGUGAGCUUGAAACUCCUGAUCGACACAAAUGGUCGCAAAGUUUUGUUUGCCGAAGCCAGCAAGGAUGUUGUUGAUUUUCUCUUCAGUCUCCUGUCUCUGCCUGUUGGAACUGUGAUCAGGCUCCUCUCCAAAGACGGCAUGGUUGGUAGCAUGGGAAAGCUUUAUGAGAGUGUCGAAAACCUCAAUGACACAUACUUGCAACCCAAUCUUGACAAGGACACCUUGCUGAAACCAAAGACCACAGUUGCUGGUGCCAAUAUCCUUCCUCAGCUGACCAACAAUAUUAAUGUCGACUCGAAUUCUAAACAGUUCUACAUGUGUUCAUACUGCAAUCCCCGCCAUAUUUCCGAUGUUUGUUAUACCCCUUGCCCAAAUAGUUACAGUUAUUCCAUAUCCACUGAGGUGACUUAUGUUUCCCCACAAGCUUCUUCUUCUACGGUGGUGGCAAAGGGCAGCGAGGGAGGGUAUGUCAAGGGAGUAGUAACAUACAUGGUCAUGGAUAACUUGGAGGUGAAGCCAAUGUCCACCAUUUCAAGUAUUGCUCUACUUAACCAGUUCAAUGUGAAGGAUGUUGGUGCUCUUGAAGAGAAGGUGGUUCAUCUUGGGAUGCAAGAGGGUUUGAAGCUGCUGAAGGCAUCGUUCAAGACCAGUGCAGUCCUUACCAAAGUGUUCCUGGGGGCCUAAAACGUUUUCUGCUUUGUGAACUAAGGAGAUUCGUAUUGCUUUAUGAUGUCAUUUUGGAGGUUUUCCUUAUUUCGAAUGAAGAAAUUGUUUCCUUAUGUCGUAAUAUGAAAUGUCAUGCUAGGUUAUAUAUA